ACACACACACACACACACACACACACACAGACACACAGUCACAGAAAAUAGAUACACACACGUAUAUGCUAACCUAUGAGCACGCAGCUACAGGCAUAUAUACAUACAAACAAAGAAAGGAGCUAUAUAUAUAUUUAUAUAUUAUAUGAUUAAUUAAAGAUUGAAGAGGGAGGCUGAGAGUUAAAGAAGGGCAAAGGUGGAUUGUUUGGAAUUCGUGUAAGAAGCUUAGCUUUGGGGGAAAUUAAAUAAUAAAUAAAGAAUUCCUUCUCUCGCCGGAAAAUAGCAAUAUUUUCCGAAGAAGCCAGGGUUCCGAAAUGGGAAGGGGAAAGAUCGAAAUCAAGAGGAUCGAAAACAACACGAAUCGACAGGUUACAUUCUGCAAGCGAAGAAAUGGGCUGUUGAAGAAAGCUUACGAACUCUCGGUUCUUUGCGAUGCAGAAGUUGCACUCAUCGUUUUCUCCAGCCGUGGCCGUGUCUACGAGUAUGCCAACAAUAACAUUAGAUCAACUAUAGAUAGGUACAAGAAAUCAUCUGCCGAUAGUUCGACCGGUUUCACCACUCAAGAGAUCAACGCUCAAUUUUACCAAGCAGAGUCGAAGAAGCUGCGUCAGCAAAUACAGAUGCUCCAGAACUCCAAUAGUUUGAUUCACAGGCAUCUCAUGGGUGAAGGCUUAGGCUCCUUAAAUGUAAAGGAGAUGAAACAGCUCGAAAGUAGGCUCGAGAGGGGAAUCGCUAGAAUCAGGGUCAAGAAGCAUGAGAUGAUACUAGCUGAAACUGAGAAUUUGCAGAAGAGAGAAAUUCAACUAGAGCAAGAAAAUGCCCUCCUCAGAGCAAAGAUACAAGAAAACGAGAAGCUGCAGCAACUUAGCAUGAUGCCAGCUGGACAAGACUAUCAAUUCCAGGCUUAUUACGCUCGCAACGUUUUCCAGCUUAACAUGAUGGAGGGUGUUUCUGCUUAUCCGAUUUGCGACAAGAAGACGAAUACUCAUAUCGGGUAUUUCAUCUCUCUCUUUCUAUCUAUAUAGUAACUUUGUUCGUACUCUAAUUGCGUGAAAUCGAGUUUUGCUAUAACCUAUGUUUCUACUCUUGUUCUUGAUGCAGGUAAGGUAGGCAGUUCAUCAGAAGAUUCCAGAAUAACUUAUGAAUAUUGAAGUCUUUGUUUCCUUCUAGUUAUCUAAUAGGGGAAUUUGUGGUUCUUUAGAGACAUUAAUCGACUGUUUUUAUUAACGUUUUCGUUGUUUGGUGCUUUAUUCUCUCGACAAUUUCGUUAAUGCUUCGACUCAAAGUACGAUUUUGUAUUUCGCAAGACUAAGAAAUUUAGGUACUUUUUCUGCAACACCUAAUAAGGGUAUAUUCCUAGAAUCUUCGACUUCGUAAAAAAGGGCAAUUGUCAAAAUCAAAGUUCAACCGAAACAAAAAUUGUAAAAUUAAAUGACACGCGUAUUUAUAUUUCCUAUCACAUAAUAGCACAUUCAACUUCACCUCUUUCUCGAUGAAGCUCCUCGUCCAGCUGAUAUAUUGUAAGUUGUAACACACAGAAAAGUAUAUAUUAGUAUCUUUUGAUUUGAUGUUUCUUUCAUGUCAAACAAUAAAAAAAAAACAACGAAGAAUAAGCACGAAUGCCAAGAAUGUACCGUCUCGGUUAUUGUCCGAACUGCUCCUUCCUGCAU